UCGUGGUGUGUCUGCAAAAUAAACGAGGCGCUGAACGAGAGUAUUCCAGAGACCAUCUGUGAUUCUUUUCAAGACAGUUUUGCUUAAUGAGGUAUGGGAGAGAAGGAGCCAUGUCAGAAGAAGCUGUUACUGAGACACGAUUUUCUCUGAGGACGGUAGCUUUACGGGUGUUUCAUCUUCCCCUUUCUUGGUAUUAUUCUCUUAACCAGUGCAGUGGUAGUUGUAGACCUCAGUCAAGGCAUGGUACCUGGAAGGGCAGAGUUCUCAAGUCAAAGAUAAAGCUUUCCCCAGGGUUAAAGAAACUUUUCACAGUAACAGCAGUGAGUGCAAUAUCUGUGAUUUUUCUGGCCCAUCACUUUAAAAGAAGACGUGGAAAGAAAAACAAGAAAGUGCCACCAUGGGAACCAACUCAUCUCAUAUUAGAGUGUACAAAAGCAGCUGCUUCAGAAAAAGGUUCUAGUUGUUCCAGUAGUCGACAAAACUUGACUCUUUCUCUGAGCUCUGCCAAGGAAAAAGGAUCUCAGUCCUGUAUCUAUGCAAAUGGAGGACUUUUCAGUAAAUACUCUGGUUCAGUUCAAAGCCUGACCUCGGUUCAGAGUGCCACCUCUUGUCACAGUUGUGCUUGUGCCAAUUCUAAUUCCUGGGAUAAAGCAGAUGAAGAUGAUGUUAAGCUUGUCAAUAUUCCAGUGACUACACCUGAAAAUUUAUAUUUGAUGGGUAUGGAGCUGUUUGAAGAAGCACUGAGGCGCUGGGAGCAGGCCCUAACUUUUCGUAACAGGCAAGUUGAAGAUGAAGCAAUCUGUGGUUCCAUUAAGCUGGGAGCAGGAGAUGCAAUUGCAGAAGAAAGUGUAGAAGAUAUCAUUAGUGCUGAAUUCAUUCAUAAGCUUGAAUCUCUUCUUCAAAGAGCUUAUCGUCUUCAGGAAGAGUUUGAAGCCACCCUUGGGGUCUCUGAUCCUGCUGCUCUAGCUAAUGAUAUUGAUAAAAAUACAGACAUUACUGUAAAGGAUAAUGCGGAUGAUUUCUGCCUUCGAGAUACAUUAAGCAUUGCAUCCACAGACUCCUUUGUUUCCACAGCUGAGCUUUCAGAGCACAGAGAUGUUCGUAGCACAUAUGGUCUGGAUUCCCUCUGCCACUGCCCCUUGUAUGAAGAAGCCAUGCACUUAGCAGAAGAAGGCAAAAUUUAUUCACGGGUGUUAAGGACUGAAAUGUUUGAAUGUCUAGGAGACAGUGACUUCCUUGCUAAGCUUCAUUGUAUUCGACAGGCCUUCCAGAUAAUUCUUUCAGAAACAGCAAACAGAAUAUUUCUUGCUGAAAGUGGAAGAAAAAUUUUGUCUGCUUUAAUUGUGAAAGCACGAAAGAAUCCAAAGAAAUUUGAAGAUGUCUUUGAUGAAAUGAUAUAUUUUUUGGAACAAACAGAUCACUGGGAUAAUACCGAAAUGGAACUUGCUGCUAGAGGGGUGAAAAAUCUGAAUUUUUAUGAUGUUGUUCUGGACUUCAUAUUAAUGGAUUCAUUUGAAGAUUUAGAAAAUCCACCAAUAUCUAUACAGAAUGUAGUAAAUAACCGCUGGUUAAAUUCCUCUUUUAAAGAAACAGCUGUGGCUUCAAGUUGUUGGUCAGUACUGAAGCAAAAAAGACAGCAAAUGAAGGUGCCUGAUGGAUUUUUUGCACAUUUCUAUGCUAUAUGUGAACAUAUCAGCCCUGUUUUGGCCUGGGGCUUUUUGGGCCCUAGAAAUUCCCUGUAUGACCUAUGCUGCUUCUUCAAGGAUCAAGUGCUUUUCUUCCUCAAGGACAUUUUUGAUUUUGAGAAGGUGAGGUACUCAAGCAUGGAGAGCCUGGCUGAAGACCUCACCCAGCUGCUGGUCCGGCACACGGAGCUGCUGCUGGCCUACCUGGGGGCAGACUCACUGAGGCACGUGGGGGCCUGUGUCAGUGGCCACGGGCCUGUCAUGACCAGUGGGCUCCUGGAAGCAAAAGUACAGUAAGCUUCAAACCCCUGGCAGAUGGCAGGGAGUGCACCUAGAUGUGCUCUUUUCCACCCUUUUCUCUAGAGCUGAAGCUACUGUGGCUGUUACUGAGCAAGCAUCUGGGAAUGCGUCGUGUUGCUAAGUAUGGAAAAGGACUCAGGGAGGUUAAAUGUACAUCAUCUGUGAAAAGAACUGGGGAGUGUAUUACUGUAUAUACCUAAAUUAAUUUUCCAGCCCAGCUGUUGCUGUAUUUAUAUUUCAUGUAUCCCAAAGCUUUUUUCUGUAAUAUUCAGGUAAACUUUAUUUAUGAAAUACUGUACUUUUGCACAAAUAAUUCGUAAGUGAAGCUGAUGGAGUUGUUUCCUUUAAAAGCUUAUAGUACAAAAUGUUCAUUGCAGAGUCUCCAAAUCAUUAGGUGUCUAGAUCUAGAAGGUGUUUUGUCUGGGGUAUCUGCAGUCCCUGAUUCAUGUGACACGUGCAAUAAAGUAAUCACACGCACAGAACUGAACAUGUUGCCCCUGCCCCAGAAUUCCAUUUGUGUGGGUGUAAGCAGCCAUUUUGUACUACAGGAAUGACUGCCAGUAUGCAAUUUUCACUUUAUUUUAGUUUAAAAUAUCUAAACAUCACUAAGGUGAUGUUUUAAAAUAUUUAUUUAUAUUUGAAAAGCUAUGCUAGCUUCACCAGUUAAUUUAAAACUUCCUGGUUCUGAAACCAUUACUACUCAAUGUGGUGGUAAAUGAACCAAUAUUAUUCUCAGUUCAUAUGUAGCAUUUCCAAAUAUAUUUUUAAAUAAGUAUGUGUGAUAAGAUUUAUUAAUCAUGAAACAGAAUUGAAGGCAGUGUUUUUUAAUUUAAGAAUUUGUGUCUUCCUCCCUUCUUUGUGGGAAAUCAGGUGUCUGUUUAAGAGGAGAUUUAAGCAAUUGUGGCCAUUUCUGUGCAGUGUAAAACUGUGGCUCAGGCCAUGGAAGCCUGAACUUCAGGUAGGAGCACAGCACCUUCAGAAAGCAUGAG